AGUUGUAAAUAAUAUUGAGAACGAAUUUCUGUAGAUAAAAUAUCAUGAAAAAUCUUGUUUACUUAUGUCCAACGUUCACAGAUUCACUCAUUUAAUUUGGAUAUCUCUUGUGGAGAUUAUUUGCUCGUCAUUGGAGACUAGCUCUGUGUGGUGAUUCCAGCCAUUUCUUAGCUUUUAUGUUUCGUUAUUGCAGCUGUUUGUAAUGGAAAUUUCGUAAAAUGUAAUAAUUAAUGAAAUAUAACAAUAUCAAUAAUAUUAACUUAUACAUUUUAUAUAUAUUUUAAAUAUUUAUGCGAUUGGCGCCCGCGCGUGUGCUCCACGAAGACAAACGUAGUCAUGGUGAUGGGUUUCUUUGUAAACUCCACCAUCUUGGAAAUGAACAUCAUUUUAAAAUUUGACUAAAAAAUUUUACGUUCAAAAGUUUCUUCUCGAAGAACCACUGGUUUCAUCUGCACUAAAGACAGCAGCAGUAAGAGUAGGAAACAUGGAGAUUGUGUAUGUUUAUACGAAGAAAAGAAAUGAAUUUGGUCGUCAGUGUAACUUUGCUGAUCGUCAAGCAGAGCUUCAUGUUGAUAUUCCGCCGGACGAGAAGCUUGCAGCUAACUACAUCGAACGAAAUCCUUGCAAUACGGGAAUCCAAUGUUCACAAGAAAUGUCGGAACAUGAGGUGAACACAGAACGCUUUGAAACGGAAAGUCGAGGGAUAAACCACGUUGAAGGAGGAUGGCCGAAAGAUAUAAAUCCAGCUGAGGUUGAACAAACUAUUAGAUUUCGGAAGAAAGUCGAGAAAGAUGAAAAUUACAUCAACAUAAUCCAGCAGUUGGGUUCGGUCAUGGAGCAUUGUAUUCAACAAAAUAAUUCUAUCGAUAUUUACGAAACGUAUUUUCAAGAUGUUGAAAAUGACUCAUCGGGAAUCCCACCUUCAGCUAAAACUAUCAAUGUAUUCAGGGAUCCAAGUGACAUUAAACGAACAGCAUCAAGUCUGUCUUGGUAUCCCGAUGGUGCUCGAAAAAUAGCUGUAGCAUAUUCCAUCCUGGAAUUUCAAAAAUCACAAUUAGACACACCAAUGGACUCUUAUAUUUGGGAUAUAGAAAAUCCCAACAAGCCUGAGUUAGAUCUCAAACCUGUAUCACCACUCGUGUGCUUGGAGUACAACCCAAAGGAUCCCCAUAUUCUUAUUGCUGGUUGUUAUAAUGGACAAAUUGGAUUUUGGGACACACGUAAAGGCUCACAACCAGUUGAGGUGACACCAAUUGAGAAAAGUCAUCGCGAUCCUGUCUACAAAGGAUUAUUUUUACAAUCAAAAACAGGCACAGAGUGUUUUACGACAAGCACAGACGGUCAGGUUCUAUGGUGGGAUAUAAGAAAGUUAGGUGAACCUACUGAGAACUUAUUACUUGUACCAAAUCCAAAGGAAAAUCCUCGACCAAUGGGAGGAAUGUCUUUGGAAUAUGAGCCCACAAUGCCAACAAAGUUUAUGGUAGGAACAGAACAAGGAUCAGUGUUGCUAUGCAACAGAAAAGCGAAGAGUCCUGGUGAGAAAAUAGUUUGUUCUUUUACACAACAUUAUGGUCCUGUUUACGCUGUUCAGAGAAAUCCAUUCUUCCCAAAGCAAUUUUUGAGUGUUGGAGACUGGGCUGCCAGGAUCUGGAGCGAAGACUUACGAGAAUCGUCCAUUAUGUGGACUAGAGAGAAUAUGUCUUACAUGACAGAUGGUUGUUGGAGUCCUGUUAGACCUGCUGUAUUUUUUACCACAAAGAUGGAUGGAACUGUUGAUGUUUGGGAUUAUUUAUUUAAACAAAAUGAUCCAACUCUUACCAUACAGGUUUGCGAUGAAGCGUUAAACUCCCUUCGUAUUCAAGAUCAAGGACGUCUUGUAGCAUGUGGUUCUCAUGCAGGAACGGUUACAUUACUCGAGUUAUCGCAAGGUCUAUCUAACAUACAACGAAAUGAAAAAUCUUCUGUGAACUCGAUGUUUGAGCGUGAAACAAAAAGAGAGAAGAUUUUGGAGACUCGACAUAAAGAAAUGAAGCUAAGAGAAAGAUCGAAGAGCCAGCAAGAGAAAGACGACGCGGAAAGACAUGAAGAAGAGGACGACGAAGAUCUUAUACAAAAGGCUGAAACAGAUUUUUUUGCCGUGAUUGAUACAGAGAAGAAAUCACGCGAAGCAAAAGAGAAACAACAGCAAGAAUCGUUAAAACAAAUGAAUAGAACAUUGACGAAAGAUGGUAGAAACGAAAAAGAGAUUAAUGAACAACUUUUGGAAGUGGAUGAGGAUGAGGAAGUUUUGGAAUCACCAAGGAGUUAAAGGCAAAAUUAUAGAGUAUAAUUUUAUUAUUAUUUGCUAAAAAAACUCAAAUUUUUUACUUUAAAAUAUACUUUGAUAUUGAUUAUAAAUAAAAGUCCUUUUUAAACAAGCUUGCCAUACUAAACUAGCACUACAAUUAAAAUGGAAGCAAAUCAA